AUGAUGAAAGCAGCUCAAAGUCAACAAAAGAGUUGUGCCGAUAAGCAUAGAAAAGAUCUUGAAUUUGAAGUUGGUGACAAGGUCUUUCUUAAAGUUGCUCCAAUGAAGGGAGUUAUGAGAUUUGGACAGAAAGGAAAGCUCAGUCCUAGAUAUAUAAGGCCUUUUGAGAUUUUGAAAAGAGUAGGAAAACUUGCUUAUGAGUUAGCUCUUCCACCACCAUUGUUUGGUAUUCAUGAUACAUUUCAUGUUUCUAUGCUCCGUAAGUAUAUAGUUGAUCCAUCUCAUGUUUUGAAGUAUGAAGCUUUGGAGCUGAAACCAAAUUUGUCAUACGAAGAAAAACCAGUUCAGAUUCUUGAUAGAAGACAUAAGGAAUUAAGAAACAAAAGCAUUCAUUUGGUCAAAGUUCUUUGGAGAAAUCAAUUAGUCAAGGAAGCUACUUGGGAAAAAGAGGAUGAGAUGAAGAUUAAGUAUCCAGAACAUUUUGGUAAGCUAAAUUUUGAGGACGAAAUUUGUUAA